UUUCGGUGGCAAAAUAAAUGACGUUACCUCGCAAAUGUUCACGUUAAAAUGUUAAACGUCCCCUCGUUACGUCAGCUACCUCUCAAAAACAAAUACAUCUAGCUGACGAUGUCAGAAAGCUGCUGGAAACCAACAAGCCAGCCUCGCGUUUCCCGUGGUUACCUGGCGCAGCUAGCCUUUAGCUGGGGGUAGCUAAUCAAUCUCAGCUAAGCUCAGCGAGCUAACUAAAGCUUUUAACCCGUCAAACUAAUGUGUCACAACGCAAAACAUCCUCAGAGAAAGGGGACGCUUACGAGUCAUAUAAAGUCCUCUCACGCAAAUGCAGUUUUCGAUCCAGAACACCUGGGAUAGCAAUCCUGUGAAUCAUGACCCUAUCAGCAUCACUUUCUCUCCUGGCCAAGGGGGGUUAAUCAUAGAGGUGUCCGGUCCCUUUUUCAAUGAUCCAGCAGCUCCUGCAGGACCCCCCAGUCAGCCUUUCCCUGGACUCUGGGAUUAUGAAGUUGUGGAGUCCUUCUUCCUUGACAGUACUACAGAAAAUUACCUAGAGGUGGAGCUUUGUCCACAUGGACAGCACCUGAUAUUAUUGCUGUCAGGAGUUGGCCAGGCAUUCCUGCAACAACUGCCCAUGGUGUUUAACACCAAGAUCACAGGAGACAGGUGGGUAGGUGAGGCUCUCGUCCCCUGGUCGUACUUCCCUCCCAAUAUCAACAAGAUGAACUCCUAUGCCAUCCAUGGAUCAGGAGAGAAGCGCACAUAUGAGGCUCUCUACUCCAUCCCCAAGGAAGAGAUAGCGGAAGGCCAAAAACCUAACUUCCACCGUCUGGAGUACUUCAAAGAUUUCCGCUUGCAAAGCAUCAUGGGAGAGGAUUGGGUCCAGCCAGUGUCUGACCUGUGGAUUGGAAAGCCAUAAGCUUUUAAAAAACACUCCCUUUUCCUUCUUUCUCUCUCUCUCACACACACACACACACCAUGGCGGCAGGGCAAUAGUGCAAACACUCAUUGCUGGGGAACAAAGGGCAAUCAAUCUUUAUUAGUUAAUGAUGUCAAACGAUAUGACAUGAAAUAUGUUAUCAGCUUGUCAGAGCGUAUUAGCCUUCACACACAUCUGUAGAAACGCACAGUCACACACAUUAACAAGGUACUGAACGUCAGCUCCUGUGUAGCCUGUGCGUUUCACUUCAGUGAGAAGAACUACAGCAGGUUUUCGUGAUCCCUCGCCCUGAGUUUUAGGAGACGUGCACAAACAAACAAUCACAUACCACUGAAAUGAAAAAUCUGUUUUUGGAGAUAGAUGCUGAAGCUUUUGAAUUAUUACUGCACUGUAAUCAGGUAGAAAUCAAUCCAUUACCUUUUCCGUUCAUAAUUAAAUAUGUUUACAUAUUGAUUACAAGAUGCUGGUUGAGUGUAUUGUCAGUUUUUUUUUUUAAUUUUUGAUUGAUUGCAAAAUGUCACAUAAUUGUUUAUCUGGUAUGUGAUCAUGAUUCUAUCGAAUAAAGGAAGGUUCAUGAUUUUGACAAA